GAAUCAAAGUAGCUUAUAUUUAAGGUUAGACGAUACAUAUUCAAACAAUAUUCUUAUUUUAAGUAUUUUGUGCUGUCUUUAAUUUUAUCACGAUUUGAUUGACGUGCCCGCAUGUGGGCGUGUCAAUCAAAAUGGGCUGGCGUGGCGUCAUCAGGUGACGACAGUAUUUGACUACCGUAUUCCUGAGAAACGGGACUUGUCCGUUUACGGCACAAGUGCGUGCGCGUGCGUACCCGGUGCGUGCCCGUGCGUGCGCGUGUGUAGCGGCGGCGGUGGGAACGGCAGCCAAGAUGGCGGCGCUGAAAGAGGAGCGGAGCUACGGGCUGUCCUGUGGAAGAGUGAGCAACGGCAGUAAUGUCUCCGUCUUCCACGUCAAACUCACUGACAGCGCGCUCAAGGCCUUCGAGGGUUACCGGGGCGGAAAGGUCCUUUCAUCACAACCAUUGAUCACAUUUAAUGGAAACCAAGGGAAAAUUUCAAUACCAAGGUCAGAAAGUUCCAAUGAACUGCACACAUUUACUUUCUACCUGUCUAAUGUGGGCAGAGACAACCCGCAGGGCAGCUUCGACUGCAUCCAGCAGUAUAUCACCAGCGAGGGUAGCAUUCAGCUGGAUUGUUUGGGUGCCAUCCAAGACAAGAUUACUGUAUGCGCCACCGACGACUCUUACCAAAAAGCCAGAGAAAGCAUGGCCCAGGUCGAAGAGGAGACUCGCAGCAGGGGUGCCAUUGUCAUCAAGCCGGGCGGCAGAUAUGUCGGCAAAAGGGUUCAGAUCCGGAAACCGGCAUCGGCCCUGUCUGACGUGGCACCCUCGCGUAGGACUUCUCGGCCCGUCAUCAUCUCUAGCAGCGCGGUUAAGAAAGCGAGUACUCAGCAGAGGCCGCUCCGAGACCGUCUGGUUCACCUGUUGGCCCUCAAGCCUUACAAGAAGCCCGAACUGCUCUUGAGGUUGCAGAAAGACGGCCUCUUGCAGUCCGACAAAGAGUCCCUGGACAGUCACCUGCAACAGGUGGCAAACCUGAAUGGGAAAGAUAAUACCCUCACAUUAAAAGACUUUUUAUAUAAAGAAGUUCAUAAAGACUGGCCUGGAUACACGGAAGGGGAUCAGCAGCUUCUCAAGAGAAUCUUGUUCAGGAAGCAAUGCCAGUCUCAGAACAACGCAGCUGCUCCACCCGAGAGCCCGCCCAAGGAGUUGGCCAGCAGCUCACCGUCUCAGAAACGUCCAGCUGCUGACUUUAUUGACCCUCUCGCCAAUAAGAAGCCGAGGAUAUCGCACCUUGCCAGCAAAGCUCCACAACAUCCUAUCAACGGCAAACUCACUUCUUCCAAUGGCAAGGGGGAGGCAGGCGGAGCGCAGCCAGGAAUCGCCGCUCCCCUGUCGGACAGCGUCCUGACAUCCAGUACACAGCCGCUCCCCUUGCUGGACAUUCCCCGACCGUUCGAAGCACUUUCGGAUGUCAGCAAUGACUCUAGCCACAAUGGCCGAGACUGCGACUCCCAGGAAACCGUAGCCGACAGGCUUGGCCAGCCACCUUCGCUUCCUUCAGUGACAACCACGCCUGCUGUCAACGCGUCCCCCACGCCGCUUCCGCCCGACGAAAGUCCGUCAUCCGCCGCAGGUGGCAAAAAGCCGAAAAAGAAGUCUAAGAAGCAUAAAGACAAGGAGAAGAAAGACAAGGGGAGACCCAAAAGCCAAGAAGAGAAGGAAAAGAAGAGUCCACACACAGUGCCUGAGCCUGAUAGAACCUGUAAGAUGAGUCCAGAAAACCUCAAAAACAACAGUAUUCCACUUAAAAGCACAACUCUGAACGGGAUGUGUAAAAGUACCAGUAUUUCAACGUCACCAGAGGUGGCAGACUACUUAUUGAAGUACACCGUGAUCACGUCUCCAGAUCAGCGUCAAAGGUAUAAAAACGACUUCAACUCCGAGUAUAGCGAGUACCGCGGUCUGCACGCUCGUAUUGAAAGUAUCACCAGGCACUUCACGGUGUUGGAGAAUGAGCUGAAAAAGUUGCAACAAGGCACAGACAAGUAUAAGACAAUCCAUAAUCAGAUACUCGAAGAGUAUCAUAACAUUAAAAAGAUCAAUCCUCACUAUAGCCAAGAGAAGAACCGCUGUGAAUAUCUGCACAACAAACUGGCACAUAUCAAAAGAGUCAUCGGCGAGUACGAUCAACAGCAACUCUGAAAGUAAAAGAAUAUAUAUGGACGAGGAAAAAGGAGAGAAAACAACUCUGGAUAUUUUUUUUUUCAUUUGGACAAAGAUGCUCCUCAUUCGGGCUAAAGGCUCACAUGAGGACUCGAACAAGGACGCGGAAUCUUUGUCCUCUCUUUACUUUUCUUAUCGCUGGGGAAGAUGUCGCCUUGUGAGGCCGUGUUAUUUUUUUCUCCGCUUCUUCUAGUGAGAUGUGAAAGAAUCAGGGAACUUCAAAAAAAAAACAUUAAAAAAAAAAAAAAACACUUCUUUCCGAGGAGAUGUCUGUCCUGCUUUUGAGACUGGGAAGUGCAGGCCAAAUGUGUUUUGAGUUAGGAAAGAAAAAAGGAAACAGUCUUCCCCGCCUUAUAUAGUAUAUUGAGAUGUAUUUAUUUUCACAAGCUCAAAGUGAUGGGGAAAAUCAGCGCUUUUUCAAGGCCGACUCUCCUCAUUUUGAACAUCAGCCAGUAUUUUAUUCAGAAGCUGCCUUUUGCCCGUCAUUCUUCUUCUCUCUUUUAAAGAGAGCACGCACACGCCAUGCUUUCCGGAAGUCUUAAAUCUCCCAUCCCUUUAUUCCCGAGCGCUUUAAAACAGUGAAAACUGUUGUCUCAUUGUUCAUCUGAUCCAAUCGUGAAUUUUUAAAAAAUGGAGGAAACAUCUGUAAGCUGCAAAAUAUGGAUUUUGGGUGAAAUUUCAUUAUAUUUACAAGUAAAUCUAAUAUGGCCAUCUCUAAGGUUUUGAAUGCGUUGUGCGAAAACUACUGAAACGGUCAACAUUUGGACAUGUACAUUCAUAACUUUACUCAACCCCUUAUAUGGUAUAUGACUACUUUUGGUCAGUAUAAUAAUAAAAAAAACAUUGACAUAUAUGGCAUAAUAUUAACAUUUUGUUUACAGGUGUGACAUGUACAUGACCUAAAAUGUUUUUUUUUUUAAUUUUUUAAUGAAUAAAUAAAAUGAUAAAUGUAACUUAAAUACAAAAUUAAACACAUUAAAAUUAAUUUUUUUUUAAAAUACACUUUGUUUAUGGCUCCCAAUUACACUCUAAAGUUGUAUUUGAUAUUAUUCCAUAGUACUUAACUCAUUGCCUGCAUUUGACAACAAUAGACGCCCAGUUCAUUUAAACUGGAAAAACUGGCUGUAAAUGCUCAUCUUUUCACUUUGAGGACACCUUGCACCAUCAAUGUAAGCCAAUUAGUUAAAUGACAGACAGCGAGAACGAAAACUGGUAUUUUUUUGUUAUUUGGUAAAAUUGAUUUUGUUAUGUGGCUUUUUUUUUUUUUUUUUUUUUGGUAAAAUGGAUUUUGGUAUGUGGCAAAGUGGCUUUUGUAAAAUAGAUUUUGGUAUGUGGCAUUUUUUUUGGUAUGUGGCAAAGUGGCUUUUUAUAAUAUAUAGCAUUUUUUGUAUGUGGCAAAAUGACUGUUGGUAUAUGUCAUUUUUUUUCGUAUAUGGCAUUUUUUCAGGCCAUGCACCUCCAUGCCAUUGACAGCUAUGCACAUCAAAAUGUUCUAUUUUUAUAUACGAAAAGCCGUUUCGCCACAUACAAACAAAAUGCUAUAUAUCAAAAGCUACUUUGCCACAUACCAAAAUCCAUUUUGCCACAUACCAACAUCCAUUUGCCACAGACCAAAACUGAUUUAGCCACAUACCCCAAAAAAUACCACAUGCCAAAAGCCAUUUUGCCACUUACCAAAUACCAUUUUUCGUCCUCGGUCCUGCUGGAGAGACAACGAAAAUGAAAAGUGGAAAAUUAUGUUUGUGGCAAAAUGGCUUUUGGCAUGUGGCAUUUGGUAAAAUGGAUUCUGGUAUGUGGCAUUAUUUUUGGUAUGUGGCAAAGUGGCUUUAUAUAUAAUAUAUAUAUAGCAUUUUUUGUAUGUGGCAAAAUGACUUUUGGUAUAUGUCAUUUUUUUUUUUGUAUAUGGCUUUUUUUCAGGCCAUGCACGUCCAUGCCAUUGACAGCUAUGCACAUCAAAAUUUUCUAUUCAUUUUGAUAUACCAAAAGUCAUUUAGCCAUAUCCAAAAAAAUGCUAUAUAUCAAAAGCCACUUUGCCACAUACCAAAAAAUGCCACAUACCAAAAUCCAUUUUGCCACAUACCAACAUCCAUUUGCCACAUACCAAAACUGAUUUAGCCACAUACCCAAAAAAAUGCCACAUGCCAAAAGCCAUUUUGCCACUUACCAAAUACCAUUUUUCGUUCUCGGUCCUGCUGGAGAAACAGCGAAAACGUAAAGUGGAAUUUGGUUUGUGGCAAAAUGGCUUUCGGCAUGUGGCAUUUGGUAAAAUGGAUUUUGGUAUGUGGCAUUUUUUUGGUAUGUGGCAAAGUGGCUUUUGGUAUGUGGCAAAGUGGAUUAUUAUAGAUAGCAUUUUUUGUAUGUGGCAAAAUGACUUUUGGUAUAUGCCAUUUUUUUUUAAAUUGGAAAUGGCAUUUAUUCAAGCCAUGCAUGUCCAUGCCAUUGAUGGCUAUGCAAGUCCAAAUUUUCCAUUCAUUUUGAUAUGCCAAAAGUCAUUUUGCCACAUACAAAAAAAUGCUAUAUAUCAAAAGCCACUCUGCCACACACACCAAAAAGGCCACAUACCAAAAUCCAUGUUGCCGCACACCAAAAAAUGCCACAUACCAAAAUCAAUUUUGCCACAUACCAACAUAAAUUUUGCCACAUACUAAAAUAUAUUCCACAUCCCAAAAUUGAUUUAGCCACAUGCCCAAAAAAAUGCCACAUGCCAAAAGCCAUUUUGCCACUAGCCAAAUACCAUUUUUCGUUCUCAGUCCUGCUGGAGAGACAGCGAAAAGGAAAAGUGGAAUUUGGUUUGUGGCAAAAUGGCUUUCGGCAUGUGGCAUUUUUCUGGUAUGUGGCAAAAUGUAUUUUGGUCUGUGGCGUUUUUAUUUGGCAUGUGGCUUUUUAUUUUUUGGUAUGUAGCAAAAUGGAUUUUGGUAUGUGACGUUUUUUUUUGAGGUAUGUGGCAAAGUUUCUUUUGAUAUAUAGCAUUUUUUGUAUGUGGCAAAAUGACUUUUGGUAGUUUUUGGUAGGUUUUUUUUUUUGUUUUUUUGUACAUGGCAUUUUUUUCAGGCCGUGCACGUCCAUGCCAUUGAACGCUAUGCAAAUCCAAAUUUUCCAUUCAUUUUGAUAUACAAAAAGUCAUUGUGCCACAUACAAAAAAAAUGCUAUAUAUCAAAAGCCACUUUGCCACACACCAAAAAAUGCCACAUACCAACAACAAAAAAAUGCCACAUACCAAAAUCCAUUUUUUCCACAUAGCCCAAAAAAAUAAAUGCCACUUGUCAAAAGCCAUUUUGCCACUUACCAACUGCUUUUCGUUCUCAGCCCUGCUGGAGAGACAACAAAGAUGAAAAGUGCUAUUUGAUAUGUGGCGAUAUGGAUUUUGGUAUGUGGCUUUUUUGGUAUAUGGCAAAGUGGCUUUUGAUACAUAGCACUUUUUUUGUAUGUGGCAAAAUGACGUUUGGUAUCUGAGCUUUUUUUUUGUAUGUGGCAUUUUUUAUGUAUAUUGCAUUUUUGCAGGCCACGCACGUCCAUGCCAUUGACGGCUAUGCAAGUCCAAAUUUUCCACUCAUUUUCAUCUACCAAAAGUCAUUUUGCCACAUACAAAAAAGCUAUAUAUCAAAAGCCACUUUGACACAUACCAAAAAAUGCCACAUACCAAAAUCCAUUUUGCCACAUACAGAAAAAAAAAAAAAUGGCACAUACUAAAAUCCAUUUUGCCACGUACUAAAAUGUCGCAUAACAAAAUCCCAUUUUGCCACAUACCUCAAAAAAAAUUCACAUGCUCAAAGCCAUUUUGCCACUUACCAAAUACCACUUUUGGUUCUGGGCCCUGCUGUAAAUAAGGUUUAAAUAUAUCAUGCAUUUUAGGUUCAUCCUGAAAUUUCACCCAAAAAGCCUAAUUUUUUAAAUUAUGAACAGCGUACAUCAUCAAAAUCAUUCAUUUCUCCACGUCCGAUCACGUUGCGUCCGCACGACUGUUAACACGAAGCCAUCCUCCGCUUGCUCUUCGACCACUUUUUGCCUUUUCCCACCCAAACUUGAUGUCAGACAUGCUCGCAGAAGAGCGAGUCCACCCAAUCAGAUGGCAAACAGCUUCCGGACAUCCUUUAAGUCAGGGGUGGGAAACUGUGGGUCAAGAAAAAAAAAUGCAACAAAAAACAGUAUGAAAAGCUAGGAAUUUCUCAUGAAUGACCCAAAAUGGCUAGAUACCCUGCUCUAUGUGAAGUUGACAAAUAAGCACUUUUUCCUCCUACACCUUGCUGUGACCUGUGAGGGUGUUUUGUGUUUUUAUUUUCUUUUUCGUCCAAGUGAAUAUUUCCUUUGUCGGUGCGCAUGCUUUUCUGAAUGAUCAAUCUUUUGCAUCUUUACCAGGAUCAGAGGGUAAGGAUUGCCAUAAAAAUCUACAGUCAGCUCUAAUGUGAUGGACUCAUUUUCUGAAUAUAUUUUCUUCCUUCAGUGCUUUCCUCAUAUGAUGAUAAACGGCACUUUCUGCAUUCUGACCUCUCUGAAAAUUAGUGAAUAUUCAGCUGUGCGGGAGUGAUAGUGCCAAAAUGACCUUGUUGUAUACUUUUUCAUUUCCAUACCCUCCUCUUGUCUCACUGAUGUACAAGCAAAAGCAAAAAAAAAAAAGGGUGGGUGGGGGAACUCAGGAGGCAGAAGAGUCUGGAAAUGUCAGCGCUUGAAACCCAAAGCACGCUUUUUGAAAACCAUAAGGGACUGGGACUGAAAUGAAAAUCUUUUGUUUCAAUAAAAAUUCUUUCAAAUCCUGAUUGGUCGAUUUCAUAACCCUGUUAUAGCUGUCUGUCUAAUGAUCUCUGCCUGUGAACCUACAGAACAAUACAGUGGGGCAAAUAAGUAUUUAGUCAACCACUAAUUGUGGAGGUUCUCCCACUUGAAAAUAUUAGAGAGGCCUGUAAUUGCCAACAUGGGUAAAACUCAACCAUGAGAGACAGAAUGUGGGGAAAAAAACCUGAAAAUCACAUUGUUUGAUUUUUAAAGAAUUUAUUUGCAAUUAAUGGUGGAAAAUAAGUAUUUGGUCAAUACCAAAGGUUCAUCUCAAUACUUUGUUAUGUACCCUUUGUUGGCAAUAACGGAGGUUAAACACUUUCUCUAACUCUUCACAAGCUUUUCACACACUGUUGCUGGUAUUUUGGCCCGUUCCUCCAUGCAGAUCUCCUCUAGAGCAGUGAUGUUUUGGGGCUGUCGUUGGGCAACACGGACUUUCAACUCCAUCCACAGAUUUUCGAUGGGGUUGAGAUCUGGAGACUGGCUGGGCCACUCCAGGACCUUAAAAUGCUUCUUACGAAGCCACUCCUUUGUUGCCCUGGCUGUGUGUUUGGGAUCAUUGUCAUGAUGAAAGACCCAGCCACGUCUCAUCUUCAAUACCCUUGCUGAUGGAAGGAGAUUUUCACUCAUCAUCUCUCAAUACAUCGCCCCAUCCAUUCUUUACACAGAUCAGUCGUCCUGGUCCUUUUGCAGAAAAACAGCCCCAAAGCAUGAUGUUUCCACCCCCAUGCUGCACAGUGGGUAUGGUGUUCUUAGGAUGCAAUUCAGUUAGGGCUGCAGCUAUCGAAUAUUUUAUUAAUCGAGUAAUCGACUGAAAAUUCUAUCAAUUAAUCAAGUAAUCGGAGAAAAAAAAUUUUUAGGUAAAGAGCAAUAAUAAAUAUACAUGAGAAAAAAAGGCAUUUAAUCCAAUAUUGAACCAUUGUCAGUCAAUCAAUGUCUUUAUUUUCGAUGUACAUUGUUGAAAACAGCCAACAAUUGCAUCUCAGAUGUGACUAGAAAAAAAAAUUCACUGCUUUCACUCAAAAAAACUUCUAGAUCUUAAAAAAAUAUAUAAAAAUGUAAUUACGCUUGAAAACACACAUCACUUGAAAGCUACGUAUUUUUCCUAUGUGUUUCAAUUGAGUUUCCAUUUGUGUCAAGGUAUUUUUAAGUUCUAGUUAAGUUUUAAGUUAGUCUAAACUGUAAGUACUGAUAGGAUUUUGAGUUUUUGCAGUGUUCAAAAUAAAUGUAUGAUACCUGCUGUAUUGGAGCACAUUAGGGCCCAGUGCUACUUGGUGUUUUAUUCAGCAAUGACUACUGAGCUAAAACUGACAGUUAGCUUUAUUAUGUUUUAAUUUUACACCUUCAUCACUCUACAGCGCUGUGUUUUUACAGACUAAAUAAAGCCUGUAUGCAAGACACGUUAGCCACGCAUCAAUAGUGGUCAUGAUCAAUAGAAACCUAGCCCUCGGAAGGGCUAACAUUACGUGUGCGAGUGACAGUAAUGUUAUAUUUAUUAGCGCUGAGAAGUCUACUGCUUAAAGAUGGCGGCUGUUUACUAAUGCUGCCCAGACGCGGCCGCGUCUGUCAUUUCGCAUCUAGUUCUAAAUGCAUGCGAUAUCUAUGAGACGCAUCGGACACUACCUGCUGCCAUACUAGCAUCAUGCGGGCGUAGUUUUUAGCAACGUCGGCGUAGUUUGUAGCGGCUGUCGUCUGCAGUAAGGUUUGUUUGUUUUGUUUUUUUCAUUGCUUCUUCCUCUACGCACGUGACGUCAGUGCGUUGUCCCGCAUUAAAAGUAGUCCGGGCAAAACGUGAUGCUGAGAGCUGCCAAAAUUAAACGAUUCCUCGAGGUGAAUAAAAUUUAUCGGAUCAGUAUUCGUUUCAGCUCUAAAUUCAGUAUUCUUUCUCCUCCAAACACGAGAACCUGUGUUUCUACCAAAAAGUUCUAUUUUGGUUUCAUCUGACCAUAACACAUUCUCCCAGUCCUCUUCUGGAUCAUCCAAAUGCUCUCUAGCAAACCGCAGACGGGCCUGGACGUGUUCUUUCUUCAGCAGGGGGACACGUCUGGCAGUGCAGGAUUUGAGUCCCUAGCGGCGCAUUGUGAUACUGAUAGUAGCCUUUGUUACUGUGGUCCCAGCUCUCUGUAGGUC